UGCCUUGCGGCCCGCUCCGUCAAGUGACAGGGGGAAACGGGAGCAAUGGCCGCCGUGGGGGCCGCUGGAAGGCCUUCCAGCCGCUCCCUCCCGGUUUUCCUCGCCCUCCUCCUCCUGGUGUCGUCGCCGUUCCUCGCCCGGGCCGCCGGAGCCGGGAGCUGCCGGGGGGAGUCGGGCCUCAGACCAGGUGAGGCCCGUGACACUGAGGCCUGUGGACUGAACCUGCAGCUGGAGCAUUCAUUUGAGUUGGAUGACAGCAUCCGGUUCAAAAAGCGGGGCACCCUCUUCUGGAGUGUGGGCCCUGACUCCAGCCUCUCACUAAGCCAGAAGCAGUUGUCUGAGGAAGAGCGCAACAAACUCAGGGAAGUGGCAACAGAGGGUGGGAUGUACCGUGUGCGGAUCCCACGACGGCCCCUAGGCAGCAUGGAGGAGGCUGGAGUUGAAUACGUUACCUCUUUCAUCCGAGCGUGCUCCAUGGUGGAGUCUCAUCUGUCAGACAGGCUGACUGUUCACACAGAUGUCGCUGGCAACAUCAUUGGUCUCUCCAUUGUCACCAUGCCCAGUUCCUGCCAUGGGGCUGAGGUGGAAGAUGUGGACCUGGAGCUCUUCAAUACCACCGUCCUCCUCCAGCAGCCCAUACCAGCAGCUGUCCCUGAGACGGCAGCGUUUAUUGAACGCAUGGAACAAGAGCAGGCUCAGAAAGCCAAGAAUCCGCAGGAGCAGAAAUCGUUCUUUGCCAAAUAUUGGCAUUUAAUUCUGGGCGGGGCAGUGCUUCUCCUAGCAACCAGCUCUGCAACGGCCCCUCGGGAGCCAGGACGACAGCCCUGAGCAAAAUGGAUGUACAUCAUCCCCAUUGUCCUGUUCCUCAUGAUGUCUGGAGCACCUGACGCAGGGGGACAAGGAGGGGGCAAUGGAGGCAGUGCCGGGGGAGGGGGGC